AGCACUAGCGAUCUCUUUCCUUGGACCUCGGCACCAUUUCUACAUAGUUGUUGAACAUUUUAAAUUCUUAACUGUAACAUAAAAUCCAUUAUUAUACAUAUUUCAUUUCACACCCUGUAGUUUCUCUUUUCUCCAUUUUUCUUUUCUUUUCUUGCCUUCUGUUCAUUGCUGGAAAAAUCUAAACUUUAAUUUGUGGUCUUGUGGGGGACAGGUUUGAAAAAUUCUUUCGCUUCCCUGAAAAUAUAUGCUAAAAGGGUUCCAAGAUUAUUUUUGAGUUUGGGUUUUGCUCUUUGGAAUUUGAAGUUGAAGUAUCAGCAGUGUCCAAAUGGGUUGGAAAGAGAAGAUUAAGACUGUGUUUCAGGGCAACACAAAUGAGAUUGAGCUCGGGUGCGGACAUACUAUUAAGUCUCAUGGAUCAUCAGUUGCAAGAAUUCACAUGCAUGACUGGCUUAUAUUGCUGCUGCUCGUAGUUAUAGAGAUAGUCCUUUAUGUCAUCGGUCCAUUUCAUCGUUUUGUUGGAAAGGAUAUGAUGACAGAUCUGAAGUAUCCCAUGAAAGAUAAUACAGUCCCAGUGUGGUCUGUUCCUCUAUAUGCAAUUAUAUUGCCUAUUAUCAUCUUUGUUCUCAUCUAUCUGAGGAGGAGGGACGUCUACGAUCUGCACCACAGCAUUUUAGGCCUGUUAUUUGCCAUACUAAUUACGGCUGUACUCACGGAUGCCAUCAAGAAUGCAGUAGGCCGUCCUCGACCUGACUUUUUCUGGCGUUGUUUUCCUGAUGGUAAAGAUGUUUAUGAUCAGUGGGGAGACGUGAUAUGUCAUGGCAAAGAAAGUGAUAUAAAGGAAGGACAUAAGAGCUUUCCAAGCGGGCAUACCUCAUGGUCAUUUGCUGGUCUCGGGUUUCUAUCAUUAUAUUUGGCAGGGAAGAUUAAAGCAUUUGAUCGUGGAGGACAUGUAGCAAAACUAUGUAUAGUUAUUCUUCCUCUCCUAAUGGCAUGUCUUGUCGGGAUUUCACGUGUGGAUGACUACUGGCAUCAUUGGCAAGACGUGUUUGCCGGAGGAUUGAUAGGCCUUGUUGUUGCAACACUUUGCUACCUGCAGUUCUUCCCAGCUCCAUACCAUACUGAAGGAUGGGGACCAUAUGCAUAUUUCCGGGCAUUGGAGGAGGUUCGCAGUAACACACAACAUGUCCACCAUACUAACGGAGGAUUAGAGGUAGAGCAGCCGGAGGUACAAUUGAAUCAGCGAUCGGGUACAAAUUCCAAUCCUUUUGAGGAUGUGGAGUACGGCAGAAUGUGAGACAAAUGGACACUGUAAUCCUAUGCUUUAUCUUUGUUCAACUAGCUCAGCUUAUUAUUUUCUUGUGAAUAGUUAGGCUGCAUUUUUAGUUGUAUGUUCCUACAUAUUUUAGGAUUUGGGACCUAUAUUCCUUUGUUACUUGUGUUAUACUGUUAUUCGAGAUCGAUGUUCUGAGUUUUCUGAUACAAGUACAUGCUAGCUGCUAUGUUAUGAUAUAAGUUUCUUGUUGUUUUA